AUGUUGAGCCCGGGAUUUCCCGUUUCCCCCUCCAUUCAUCCGUAUUUGGCCUUGUUUGCGGCUGAAGCCGGAGUUACCGCGUUGGGCAUGAGAGGGAUCUUCAAACAGGACCGGUCCUUCAUCAAGUUCUUCAUUUUGGCCAUGAUUUACCUGGUUUUGUUGCAAUGGACCGUAUCGGCGUUGUGUUUUGUCGACGGAUCGAUAUUCUUUGGUGUUUUCUUGGUGGUCUACAGUGUGGUUGAGGUGGGUUGAUGUUUUGGUGUCUUUUGGAAAUUUUAGGAGACUGUUUGGAAUUUGAAAUGAGGGCUUCAUAGAUACUCAAAGAGUGAAAUUGGACAGAGUAUCGUAAUCGGACUGGGGGAAACUGGUCAGAUGGAAUCUCGACAGAUUUUUUUUUGGACUUUUCGGAACUUAUGUAAUAUUUUUUGAGGUGACAGGCUGCGACCAGAACCAUAUUCUAAAAUGGGUAACUGAAUACUCGGGUGUGCACAUUAGGACGAAUUCGGAUGAGCCCUUUGGGGCGAUCGUUUAUUCGGGUGAUGCGUUUUCGGGUGGCACAUUUUCAGGUGAUGCGUUUUCGGGGUGGGUGAAUUCUCUGGUGAUGAAGUAAACUCUGUACUAAUGGCUUCUAAAUACGACAUAACACUGUAAAUAUUUUGAUUUUUUUUGCAAUUUUAUUCAUUUUGGGGUUUCGCCGAUGAAGAUUUUAUUUUUACAUUCCUGAUGGUCGAAACCCCUAGAAAUGAGUAAGGUUGCAAAAAAUGUCUAAAUUUUUACAAUGUUAUGUCGUAUUUAGUAGUCAUGAGUACAAUAUAAUAUUUGCUUGAUUACCGUUCACCCACCCCCAAAAAUCCAUUACCCGAAUAUGCGCGACCCCAAAAAUGCAUGACCCGAAUGGGCGAUCGUCCCAAAGGGCUCAUCCGAAUUCGGCCGAAUGUGCACACCCGAGUAUUCAGUUACCCAUUUAGGAAAUGGUUCCGGGCGCAGUCUGUCACCUCAAAAAAUAUUACAGAAGUUCCGAAAAGUCCAAAAAAUCUGUUGAGAUUCCAUCUGAUUAGUUUCCCUCUGUCCAUUUACCAUACUCUGCCCAAUUUCACUCCGUCGAGUAUCUAUGAAGUCCUCAUUUCAAAUACCAAACAGUCUCCGAAUAUUCUCGACGCCUUCUAAAACGACUAGAAAAUUAGACCAGGGCACGUCAAACUGAGAUAAGCUAAAAGAGGCUGGUGAAUGGAUUGGCAACUUGCCAAAAAAAAGGUGUGAAAAAACGUUUUGUCGGGGAAGAAAUGGGGAAUUUUUGGGGCGAGAGAGUACGCUUUUGCGUGUUUUUUUUCUCUCUUUCUCUGUGAAAUCAAGGCGAAGUGUUAAAAACCGAUAGCGAAGAGUCUAUUCCGGUCACCGGACUCCCCAGUUUGACGUGCAGGGUUCCCUUCUACUGCUUUACUGAUGACUUUUCAAGUUAUGAUCUCUUGAGUUUUAGUUGGCUUUGCUGGUCGUUCUCCUGGUCUUCAAAUCAGAACCGGCUCCGAAGUGGAUGCUCUAUGCAUGGCCAUUCAAUGAAGCUGGGAUCAGAGAAGGCCCUCUAACUGGUGGAGUCUACGAUGAGGAAGCCGUCACAACGGCAUUUGGAUCGGCCCCAUCGAAACCAUUCGUACCAACCGAGAGUCUGGAAAGUGCGCCCGAAAAAGAAGUGAAGUAGGUGAAUGUUUUCGAAGUUUUCUGCUGAUUUAGAUAGCUUUCGGAGAUUUUGCGGAUAACGUUUCAUUUUCUGAGGCGGAUAGUUGGAAACUAUAAAUGCAAUUGGAGUCGUAUUUUAUGUUUUGAGAAUAUUGAUUUACCCUCCUUGGAGACGUUGACGUUUCGGUUUCAGAAAGCCGGAAAUUUCGGCUGAGACCGUUUCGCUGACCAACAAUUCGGCCGCAACGAUCAGCAACCCGGUGUCGAGAGUCCCGUCGGUCAAUUGUCUCGAUACGCCGUCCGAAAAACACAGCAAGGCCAGCACGAGCACCUGCAGUUGCGCCGACUGCAAAGCAAAUUGCGCCCAUUGCCAGGAACUGGAGAAAGGAGAAUAUAAGGAUAAGGAGACUCGGCAAUUUACCCCGACUGAGAGCCGGACCGUCCCAUCGGCGGGUGCGUUGAAAACAGAGGAAAGUGUGUUGAAGGUGGAAGAAGAACCGGAUCUGCAGGAAAUCCCAGUAAUCCGGCACGUAAAAACUCCACUGAAGAGAAGCGGACAUUUGGUAAGCGAUUUUUUGCAGGAAAAAUGGAGUUUGAUGGAUUUUUUUGAUAUUGUAGUAGGUCUAGUGUAAUAUAAUUUUCACUUCUCGGCACUUUUCGGUUGCCGUUUUUUGAGUAAAAUUAGUCUAAGCAGUCUUGAUAAGUAGGAAACGAGGAUUUUAAUGAUUUUUUCUGAUAUUGUAGUAGGUCAAUCUAGUGUAAUAUAAUUUUUCUUUUUAGAUUGAGGUUUUUUGAGUAAAAUUGGUCUGAAUAGACUUAAUAAGUGAUUUUUAUGCAGUUUGAAAUGACUCUGAAGUGAUUUUUUUUGUCAUGCUUGACCUUUUAGAAGUCAAGUCCGAGGCUCGAGCUGGAUCCUGAAACUCCGACCGAUAAUCAGACUAUGAAGCCUUAG